AUGCAGGUGAAUUGCCUUUUGAGGUCUGGGUUGCUGUGUGUCACUCUGUCUCUUGCCAUUGCCAAGCACAAGCAAGCUUCCUUCAACAAAAGUUGUUACCUAAAGGGAACACUAUUGCAAGCUGUCGACACCCUCUAUGUUAAGGCAGCACGGCUCAAAGCAACAAUUCCGGAAGACUACAUCAAAAAUAUAAGAUUAUUAAAAAAGAAAACAAAAAAGCUGUUUAUGAAAAGCUGCAGAUUUCAAGAACAGCUUCUGUCCUUCUUCAUGGAAGAUGUUUUGGUCACCUACAAUUACAAGUUUGCAAGGAAAUACACUUUGUGGGAGGAAUUUCAUAGCCUUAGGCAGAAAUUGAGCCGCUGUAUUUCCUGUGCUUCAUCAGCUAGAGAGAUGAAAUCCAUCACCAGGAUGAAAAGAACAUUUUAUAGAAUUGGAAACAAAGGAAUCUACAAAGCCAUCAGUGAAUUGGAUAUUCUUCUUUCCUGGAUUAAAAAAUUCCUGGAAAGCAUUAAGUAA